AUGGCGAAAAGAAGGCUUGAAGAGGAUGAGAAUAUAUCUGAAGAGGAAAAGGAUCUAGGGAUGGGCAUUGUCGGGGAGCUCGGGAGUGAGGAUAUGGAUGAGAUCAAGGAGGAGUUGUAUGAAUCUGAAAGGGCGUUUGAAUCAAGUGAGGUUGUGGAGCAUUCUGAUAUUGAAGACUUCAUAGGGCAGGAAGCGGAGAGCAUAAGAUCUGAGGACAACAGAGUGAGGAGGGAGACUGUGUCUGAGGAUGAGUACGAUGCAGAAGAGAUACUCAAGGCACCUGAGGUAACAAAGGAUUUUUUUGAGCAGGAUUUCUUUAGAAUCAAGUUGGUUAAAAAGUUCGUUUGUUUUUUUAACGAAUUUAAGGGCAAGAAGUAUGCUGCAAAGAUUCGAAAGAUGUGCUCUGAGAAUCUCGAGAGUAUAGAGGUGAGCUACCUAGACAUCGAAGAAGAGUCGAUGGAUUUGAUUAGACUUCUCAACCAGCAUGCAGAGAUGACUAUCGAGGUGAUGGACAAGGCUUUAUCUGAUGUAGUAAGGAUGCACUUUCCUAACUACUACCUGAUAAAGCCCAAGGUGCAUGCAAGAAUUACUGACCUUCCUGUUUGCGAUACCAUCCGAUCACUAAGAAAUAGCCAUCUUGGAAGGUUGGUGAGGGUUAGCGGUGUUGUUACAAGAAGAAGUGGAGUAUUUCCGCUUUACUCCAUUGUGAAGUUCAGCUGUCUUAAGUGCAAAUCUGUCUUCGGACCUUUUGUGGCAUCUUCAUUCAAGCCCACACAUUGCUUUGAAUGCCAGUCAAGAGGACCCUUUACAGUCAAUACAUCUGAAACCAUCUAUAAGGACUUCCAGAAACUAACGAUUCAAGAAGUCCCUGGAAGUGUUCCUCCGGGGUCUCUUCCUAGAUCGAAGGAAGUGUUACUAUUCUAUGACCUGAUUGAUUGUGCAAAGCCUGGGGAGGAAGUGGAGGUCACAGGGAUAUACAAGAACAACUUCAAUGUAUCUCUAAACAUCAAGAACGGAUUUCCCGUGUUUUUUACAGUAAUCGAGGCCUGCUCCAUUAGUAAAAGGGUUGGAAGGAUUGAGAUGACCGACGAUGACAUCAGGGAGAUUAAGAAGAUUGCAAGGCACCCGGAGAUUAAAAGAAUAGUGAUCAACUCGAUAGCACCGUCUGUUUACGGGCAUGAGGAAGUGAAGAGAGCUGUGGCUUUGGCGAUGCUUGGAGGAGUUGCUAAAGAAAGUACAAGCCAUAGAAUCAGAGGGGAUAUAAAUGUCCUUCUACUAGGAGAUCCCGGAAUGGCCAAGUCCCAGUUUCUCAGGUACGUGGAGAAUACAUCCCAUAGAGCUGUUCUAGCAACAGGGCAGGGGGCUUCGAGUGUGGGGCUUACUGCAUCUGUUCGGAAGGAUCCUGUUGUGAAGGAAUGGACCCUUGAAGGAGGGGCAUUAGUACUAGCCGAUAAGGGAAUAUGUCUUAUUGAUGAGUUUGACAAGAUGAAUGAGCAUGACAGAACGAGUAUACAUGAAGCAAUGGAGCAACAGUCCAUCUCCAUAUCGAAGGCUGGGAUUGUUGCAACACUUCAUGCAAGAUGUAGUGUAAUAGCAGCUGCAAACCCAAUAAGAGGGAGGUACAAUGGGUCCUUGACAUUUUCUCAGAAUGUAAAUCUCAGUGAUCCAAUAAUAUCGAGGUUUGAUAUUCUUUGUGUUACAAAAGACAAUAUCGAUGCCGGGGAGGACGAAAAAACAGCAAGGUUCAUCAUAGACUCGCAUGGGGGAUGUGGAAAGGAGAAGCCCCGUGGAUUUGAUGCAAAGAGAAUGAUGAUGAGCCAAGACCUAUUGAAGAAGUACAUACUUUAUGCAAGGACCAACGUUAUGCCGGUUUUCAAUGAUGUUGAUAUCGACAAGAUUUCGAGCUUAUAUUUGGAGCUCAGAAAGGAAAGCUUGCCUUCUGGGCUUCCUGUGACUGUAAGGCAUGUGGAGAGCAUUGUUCGGAUCAGCGAAGCAUUUGCAAAGAUGAGACUUAGCUCGAUUGUUUCUGCCGAAGACAUUGAUGAAGCUAUUUCCGUUGUUCUGGAUUCUUUUAUGGGCGCUCAGAAAUAUUCCAUGUCCAAGAGCCUGAGGAAGAAGUUUGUAAAGUAUUUCAACAGGAGCAACACCGAUGUCCUGGUCUUUCUUUUAAAAGAGAUGUUUAAUGAAAAGGUGAGGGCAUUCCACUCGUAUUCGGUGUCUGUGGACGAGUUCGAGCGUAGGAUCUCUUCUUUUGGGUUUUCCGCCCCACCCAACUUCUAUUUGUGCGAUUUGUUCAAGAACAACGGAUUCCGGCUUGACAGGGAGGCACGGCUAAUAUUAAGGAACACUUACUGA